AUGUCAACAAGAAGAAAAGGUUUAUCACCAGAAGAAAAAAAAGAAAAAAUUAAAGAGUUUUUUCAUAUGAGUCCAACCAUUUACUCAUCCAAAGAAAUUGAAGCGGAGGCAUCAAAAUACACAGGUUUAACACAGGUUCAAUGUAAAGAAACUAUUCAGUCAUUAGUCGAAGAUGGUAUUGUAAAUUCAGAAAAAAUGGGUAGUUCAACCUAUUAUUGGGCAUUUGCAAGUUUUGAAUUUGAUCAAAAAAAGGACAAAAUAGUAGAACUUACUGAAGAAUUAAAAAACACAAAAGAAAAGAUUUUGAAUGAAACAAAAAAUAUUGAGAAGUUAAAAGGUGAAAGAAUCGAUUCUGAAAAAAGAACAAAGGAUAUAGAAAAAUUACAAAAACUUAAAGAUGAUAAUAAAGAAUUUAAAGAAGAGUUAACAAAUUAUGCAGAUUCAGAAUUAAUGGAACAAUUAAAGAAGGAUGUAAAAACAGCAAUUGCUGCUGUAAACAGAUACACCGAUAACAUUUCAAGUUUAAGACAGUAUUGCGAUAAAAAAUUUGCGAUUCGUGGCGAAGAUUUCGAUAAAAACUUUGGUAUUAACCCUGAUAUGGAUUACAUGGAAGAUUAUAAAUAA